AUCAUUCGAAAGGCGCGCGCUUCAACCACCUUAGCAGCGAUGGGCCCGGGGCAGGGUUGUGAGGUGCCGGAGAAUGAAAGAAAGGGUCGGUUUUUGGGAGAAGGCAGCGGGUAAUCCAAGCAAGCUGGUCAAGCCGAAUGGCUGAUGUAGCCAGUCGCAGCGGUCGCGAGACACAACGCGGUGGCUGUCGUCCGUGCACUCAUGCCCUCCGCAGUUGUCGCAGAGCGCCGACCGCUCGUCACCUGUGUGUUUUAUUACCCGAGUGCUUCUGCCAGUUGAGCUAUUCCCUUUGGGCUCUUCCAUCCCGUGUCGGUGACUUCAGCGCGCCGUUCGAACCGAGCAGCUGCGCCGACCCGCUCACGGCUAUAGCUGUGUAUACGUGUUCUGCCAAAUGACUUUGCCCUUCAACUGUUACCUGCUGUGCUUACCUCCCUGACGCUCAUUUCGGCGUAAACGUACCCGCAUCAUGUCGUGUUGUUCGGUGCCGUGGCUCUUCUAUAUGGCCGUACUGUGGCUCAUGGCCCUAGUUGCGUGGCUUAAACUAGCCGACGCCGACCUGACGCUUCUCUUCAAGUCGAAGUUCGGGCGUUCGAUAGCAACCCUGAGAGGAAAGGUAAUAUGGAUCACAGGAGCAUCAAGUGGCAUUGGCGAGUAUCUUGCAUAUGAGCUGGCCAAAGUGGGAUCUCGUCUAGUCCUCUCUGGCACGAACCUGGAGAACCUAGAGCUUGUAAAAAACAAAUGCCUUGAGUUUGGUAAAGACAAAGGUGCAGAAGUUCUUGUUCUCCCAUUCAGCAUUAGCAACUUCUCGUCACACAGCGAGCAGCUUCAGAAGGUCCUGGACCAUUUUGGCAAGUUGGAUGUCCUAGUUAACAAUGCUGGCCGUAGCCAGCGCGCCAACUUUGAGGAGAUUACUGUCGAGAUCGACAAAGAGAUGUUUGACUGCAACGUCUUCGGUGCCAUAUCUCUUACACGGUGCGUUGUAAAGUAUUUUAAGGAAAAGGGCGUGCAAGGUCAUGUUGUGGUCAACAGCAGCACGACUGGAAAGCUUGGUGCACCUUUUUCAGCUACCUACACUGGUUCCAAGCAUGCACUCCAGGGCUAUUAUGAGAGCUUGCGCCUGGAAGGUGUGAUCCUGGGAGGUUUAGAUGUCACCAUCGUCUGUCCGGGACCUGUGUUCUCGCGUGUCCGGGAGCGUGCAUAUACUGCCACCCCUGGUAAGGGCUGCAACUUCUUUAACGUGGUUCGCUACUGCAUCGGAGAUUACAGGAUGUACAGUCCAUCCGGUGUAAUGUUCGACAUUGUCUUCGGCCUGGAGACCGGGCUCAACCUUAUGUUCGACUUGAAGCUACUCAGCGUUCUUCAACCAAGUUGCAAUCCCAAUGUGCAGCCGAAAAACCCUGCGUACGCAGUGAUUGUGCUGGACAGGUUCAUCCUGUGGAACACGGGCACGACGAUCUUGUGCCACGCCACCAGCGUAGCGGCCGCCAAAUUCAGGAUCCAAUACAUGCGGAUAGAAGUAAACGCAGAUCAAGACGAAGCUUCAUUACGCACAAACUACUUUAUUGCCGCUGUCGUCGUGUACACGUGUAUAGCCUUAGUGAAGGGCCUGAUCCUGUGCGCACUGCAUAACUAUCGGAACGAAUACGAAGCCUCGCUGCGGCGAGAUCUGGAGACAGCGGCGGAUGCCAGGUUGCCACUCACGCUCAUCGCGGCGCCGUCCCUUCUCGUAAUCAGCGUCCACCGUCUCGUGGGAGACGAGCCUCCACGUGGUCCGGCCGCCUCGCAGCGGGUUCUGCCAGGUCAGGUGCCGCGAGACAGCGAGCAUCAAGCACCGCUGCGAGUGUCCGUUCCCGAACCUGGGCCGUCACCGACUCGGCGGUCGGCGCCUGAUCAGCGCGCUGUCGCAUUGCUGCGACUGCUCCGAAUUUUGGCCGCCAGUCGCAGGCUGGCGCGAGAACCUCAGCACACGGGGAGGGAAGACAACACUCCAUUAGCGAACAACAGAAGCCCCGUGCCGAAAGCGCAGAUUGAUCACCAACCGGAGCUUAAACCGCAAGAGCGUGGACCUCGAACGCCGGUGUCCGCUUCUGUGCCAUCGGGCUUGCCAAUGUCCCGAGUGCCACCAGCGACGAGGCUCGUGAGAUUCGAGUCACCGACGUCCACGACAGUGACUCCAAAGCCAUGUGUUCAUCACGUUGUGUCUCCUUCCCCUCGAGUGCAGAGGCCUUCGGCGCAGCCGUCGCCGAAGCCAGAAGAGGCUGGAAUUCCCGUCGUGGGGAAACAUCGGCCGCGACCUGCAUCUUCACGACGGUGACGCCACAUUGAUUUGUACUUCGAUUGGUAGAGCUUACAAAAAGAAAACAACGCAAAGAAAGAAACAGAACAAAACGAAGAAAGAGUGCAACAACGCAUGACGGGCAAGACGCACAAGACGCCAACAUUUCUUCCUCUCAGUUUUAGCGAGCGCGAAUGUAACUAAAUAGUAAUGCGCCGGAUAUGUCAACUCAAUAAAUAAAUCAAAAAGAAUGUCUUGCAGAGCACCGUAUUUACUCACUU